AGUGCUAGUUUAAAAGUGAACUGAACAGUAUCAUGUGAACAUGAAGGAAUUGCCCAUGCAUCUGGACCAACCUCCGGGAGAAUUGACGAUAGAGAAUGGGGUCCUUGGAGCGUCUAUGGACUCUGGGAUCAAUGGGUCGAUCUCGCCGACGGGCUCGCAGGCCUCGCAACCAGAGAGCCUUGCACAAGCUUUCAACAGUCAGCUAUGUGUAAUGACGCCAAGGAUGUCUCCAGUCGGGUGCAGUUCCGACAGCAGCUUGGAGUGCGGAAAAGAGACUGAUAACCUCGUGGAAGAGGUCUAUGUUGCCAAACACUCCAUCACAAAAGGGAUAAUUUGUGCAGAACAGAUUGAGUCAUACGCUGAGAAAACUCCAAACAUCCCUAUGGUUGAGCUUGACGGACUGGAAGAUGUCAACCUUCGACGAAGCUGCUUUGUCGAGAAAGUAGUCGUGAACGUGGAAAACCACAAAACCCAGAAAUCAAACGAUUUCGAUGUUGUCGUAUCCGUCGACAUCGGUACCACAUACACUGGUUACGCUUUUGCAUUUGCUAAGCACCCGACAGACAGGCAGAUACAUAUGAUGCGACAAUCUGAAGGGGGCGAUAGAGGUCUAAACAACCAAAAGGUGCCGACAGUCCUUCUACUUACGCCGGAAGAAAAGUUUCACUCUUUUGGCUAUGGUGCACGAGACGCCUACCACGACCUAGACCCUCAAGAAGCAAAAGAGUGGCUCUACUUUGACAAAUUCAAAAUAAAUCUGCAUAACAAUAUGGAUGUAAAUCGAGAUACACAGCUGAAUGCAGUGAACGGAAAGAGCGUUUCUGCUCUGUCUGUCUUCAGCCAAACUCUCCACUACCUGAAAGACCAAGUCUACAAGGAGAUAAGCGAUCACGGAAUCAUGCCGACUCUCAGGUGGGUCAUUACUGUCCCAGCACUCUGGACGCAACAGGCCAAGCAGUUCAUCCGAGAAUCUGCCUACAUGGCUGACAUCUGCAGUCCAGAAAAUUCAGACCGGCUCCUUAUUGCUUUGGAACCAGAAGCUGCCUCUGUCUGCUGUCGGCACCUGCACUUUGACCAAAUAAUCAAAAUUGAAAAUGGAUCAACCAAAUCAGGGAGUUACAUGGUUGUGGACUGUGGCGGAGGUACAGUCGACAUAACCGUGCAUAAUGUUUCUUCACAAAACGGUACUUUGAGGGAGCUACACAAAGCAACUGGAGGACCUUGUGGUUCUUUAGGGAUCGAUGAAGAAUUCAGCAAACUGCUGGAUGUUGUGUUUGGGCCGAACUUCAUGGAGAGGUUCAGGCAAGAGAGGUCAGCAGCAUACAACGAACUUAUGCUAAGUUUUGAAAGUAGAAAAAGAAGCUGCACCACUUAUAGGUCUUCCUCACUAAACAUAUUUCUGCCAUUUGCUUUCAUUGACUUUUUCCGACAGAUAUCAGGAAUGGAGGUUGAAACAGCUAUUAAGAAAUAUGGAUGCCCUGAACUAAGCUGGUCCAAUGAAGGCAUCAUGAAGAUCCACCCUUCGCUCAUGUUUCAGCUCUUCCAGCCCACCCUUGAUAAAAUCAUUGAGCAUGUUGAAGCGAUCCUCUCUAGCAGGAGGCUGGACGACACUAUCAGCUAUCUCUUCUUAGUCGGUGGAUUUUCAGAAUCACAGAUCCUGCAGGAGGCUAUCAAGGAUAAUUUUUCUGAUAGAGUUCACAUUAUAAUACCACAGGCAGUAAGUCUGAGUGUUCUAAAAGGCGGAGUUCUUUAUGGGAUGAACCCGAGCAUCAUUACAUCUCGUAGAGUAACGCAUACUUACGGGCUUGGUGUGGUCAAGCCAUUUUUGAACGGGAUUCAUCCUAUUGAUAAACUGGUCAUCCGAGGAGGCCAAAGGUGGUGUGUGGAUGUCCUAGAAAGGCUGAUAGAGUCUGGCCAGCCGGUUUCACUCGGGCAGAAAGUGUCGAAGAAGUACACCCCAGCUUCGACCAAACAGUCUGAGAUCGUCCUACAAGUCUACGCGACUGUGUCAAAAACUGCACAGUUCAUCACGGACGCAAAUGUGCACAAAUGCGGACGGCUGAGGCUGGUCCUCCCAAAGACAUCGGACCCGAAGUUGCGAGAGAUAGUCGUCAGCCUCAUCUUCGGUGGGACUGAAGUUACCGCUUUUGCAGUAGAUUCGGCUACUGGCCAGUCUGUUCAAACCACAUUGGAUUUCAUGCUCUAGAACUGCAUUCCUGCAGAGGAACGUUUUCAAAAAUUCUGUGAUACUUAUUUUAUUUAGUUUUAGUACAAAACAUUGUUAUAGCAAAUUGUCUUCUUUUUUAAUUUUUUUAAUUGUCUAUUUCUUGGAAAUGAACAAUUUAUUUUAAUAAAUAGAAAAUGUUUUA